AUGGCUUCCAAAUCAUCCAUCCUUCACCCUCCAAAUGAGACCGAACACUCCUCCUCCAGAAUCACCCGCGAGGGCAAGAAGAUCACCUACUCGCUCAGGGUCAUGCAGCAGCCAGAACGCGCCAGAGCUUGCGGCGCCGGUGCCAAAUCAUCCGCGGACCGACGGCCUGUCGACCCGCCACCGAUCGUGGAGAUGCGCAUCUUCGAGUCGGACCCAAACAACGACAUGCAAAAGACAGACGUCACCUUCUCCUACAACGCCAACUUCUUCCUCUUUGCCACGCUCGAAUGGGCCCGUCCCUUCGCCCACGGCAGAGUCCAGGGCCAACCGCCUUCCUGUCCGGUGCUGACGGGAGUUCCAGUCGCUGGCAUCGCCUAUCUCGACCGUCCCAGCCAGGCAGGCUACUUCAUCUUCCCCGAUCUCUCCGUCAGACACGAGGGACUGUACAGACUCAACUUCAGCCUGUACGAGGAGCCCAAGGACGCUAAAGAUGAGGAUAAAGUCGCUCUUGCACCCGUAGGCACCGUUUCGACCACCGGUAUGACCAUGCCCAUGAAGUCGAAGCAGCCACAGAAGAGCAUGUAUUUCCGUCUAGAGGUCAAGACCGUUGCAUUCACCGUGUUCAGUGCAAAGAAGUUCCCUGGACUGUCCGAGAGCACCACCCUCUCGCGUAUCGUGGCUGAGCAGGGCUGUCGAGUGCGUAUCAGACGUGACGUGCGUAUGCGUCGUCGAGAACCGAAAUCAAGCAAGGACUACGGCGGCUACGAUGAGAGACAUGUCACGCCGGACUCGUAUCAUCCAGGAACGCCCGUCGAGCGACCGAGAAGCACCAGCAACUCUGGUAUGGAGGGAGGAUAUUACUGCCCAACACCACAGCGCGCUCAGUCGGUGGCUCAGGGGUACGGCUAUCCACCACCACCUCCUCCACCGGGACCACCAUCUCAGCAGUACCAGCAGCCAGCACCUGGUCAGAUGGCCCUACCUGGUCCUCCAGUGCAGUCUCAGGGUCAAUCACAUCUCUCCUUUGGUGCACCACAACCACAGUACUGCGCUCCCCAGCUACCGCCACAGCAUCAACAGCAACAGCAACAGCAGUCACAGCAGCAGCAGCCACCACACCACCCACCGACCCAAGGACCAUACUCCUCGCCGAUGCCCAGCUACACACACCUACGCCAUUCUUCGACCAGCACAGAAUACGAAUCCCAGAACAAAUACCCACCAUACCAGCAGCAGCAACAACCACCACACACCCCAUCCAGACAGCUAUCCGACCCCAACCCCAAGGCGAGUCUACCGCCCAUCUCCAUCCCACACGAAUCGUCAUCCAGCGCACCACGAUACGACUACCGCUCCUCAGAUCCAAAAGCAUACCACUCCACAACCUCCCAGACACCACAGAUGCCACCUCCAUCCUCUCUCAUCGCCGCCGCCCCAUCUCUCCCACCAUACAACCCAAGCACUGCAAACGACGUCAUCGAACCAGCCACGCCAACAGAACAAACGCACUCAUCAAACUCCAGCUCGUCGUCAAACAGUCAACCACCACCGACUUACGAUCCAACCCACGGCAAAGGCUGGUCCUUCCGCUCCGAACCCGUUCUCUCUUCCAAGCGAGGCCACACAGACGUCUUUGGCUCCGCCCAUCUCUCCCAGCCUCUCCACCACGGCAAGAGAGCAGACUCCAUCGUUCCACCAUCUACUUCCUCCUCUUCUGGCGCGAAUAGCAGAGCAAGCCUCCUCUCUCGCAUUGCAGGUCUACACGAUCUCGACGACGACGAUGGCAGUAUCGCUGGAAACAUGACCUACAAGCGAGCCGACGGACGAGUAGCCACCAGAAUGGCCGGUCCAGCCCGAGUAGCCUAA